AUUGUGCUGCGAACCCUCCUGUGCCUUCGCCCGCGGCGGAGAUACAAGACAACCCUACCUCCGACGGCGAUGAGGAGUCGUAAUGCGAAUUGCAGGGAAAGACGCGUGGGUGAACUCAAGAAUGGCACAGGAUGGCUUCCAGCACGACAACAGCUCUCCAUCACGACCAGACGGACCUUGUCAUCGAACACAAGAAGCACAAGCACAUGUGCCGAGUCCCUUCCGGGUGUUCGGCCCACACUUCAAUCAAUCAAGCGCCAAAGCAUGUCUUGGUGUGCUCUCUCUCCUACUGGCACUUGAUCCAGCGCUAGAGCUGCUUUACACAAUGUCGUCACCAUAUGCUCGAAUUCUCCUAGAACGCGUGUGUUGAGAUGGAGACGUCACACGCGGCACGCUCUUUAUCCAUUGUCCCCAUUACUGUAAGUCUCGCUUGUUCGCGUCUUUCCUUGUCAACAAUUUUGCUGGUCGAGUUUGCCGUCAGAGUUCCUCCGCACUGCUGGCCGAAUAUAGGCAGUCAUGUCGGACCCAUCUGGCCAUGACGCGCCAACAACGACGUACUCACCACAGCCUGCUCGCCAAAAAAUGAUCCGGGACGAGAGUGGUAUUCCCAUCACCACAGACGAUGGCACCGUGCAAUGGGCGCGGCCAUCUUCAGAAGCCCAACAACCUACAUCAAACUGGGCCACCUCUCAAUCAGAAGAUAACAAUCAGCAGCCCGCCACACUUCGCAAGAUGCCAAGCGAUGAGAAUCUUCGACGACUAUCCAGGGACAGUGAAAAGGAGAAAGACUCGGACCUGGAAUCACCUAUUGCACCACCUGCCGGUCAAGACGCCAAUGUCGACGUCGAGAAGCAAGGUGGUCGACAAGACCACGGUCACGAUAAUGCAGAUGAAGAGCGCGAUCCGAACCUCGUUGACUGGGAUGGUGAUGACGAUCCAGAAAACCCGAUGAAUUGGAACCCGGUUCGAAAAUGGGCCAUCGCGACGUCCAUGGGCUCCAUGACAUUGGUCGUGACCUUUGCUUCCAGCGUCUUCAGCGCGGCCACGAUGGUGACUGCCCAGCAGUUUGGCGUCAGCAGUGAAGUCAUGAUUCUGGGAGUUGCGCUGUUCGUGCUCGGAUUUGCCUUUGGCCCCAUUGUCUGGGGUCCCUUCAGUGAACUCUAUGGCCGAAAGGCACCCCUCUUCGUCGGCUAUGCUAUCUUCGCCAUCUUCCAAAUUCCGGUCGCAGUUGCAACAAAUCUGCAGACCAUUUUCAUCUGUCGCUUCUUCGGCGGAUUCUUUGCUUCUGCUCCCCUGGCCGUGGUUGGAGGCGCCCUGGCAGAUUUCUUCGACCCCAUCGACCGCGGUGUCGCUGCAUGCCUCUUUUCCGCUGCCACUUUCAUUGGUCCCACACUCGGACCGAUCAUGGGAGGUUUCAUCACCAUGUCAUACCUAGGCUGGCGUUGGACACAGUGGAUCACUAUGAUCAUGGCAGCACUCUUCGGAACCAUUGGCUUCUUCGUCAUCCCCGAGACUUUUGCGCCUGUACUGUUGCAACGAAAAGCAAAGAAGUUGAAGUACAAGACGAAGAACUGGGCUCUGCGUGCUCCAGCUGACGAGAAGGAAGUCAACCUCAAAGAGAUCGCCGACAAAUACCUCCUCAAGCCUUUCAAGAUGCUGGCACUUGAGCCAAUUCUUAUCCUGGUCACGCUGUACAUGUCGCUGAUUUACGGCAUCAUUUAUGGUUUUUUUGAGGCGUUCCCGAUAAGUUUCCAGGAGGAGCGCGGAUGGAACCUGGGAGUUGGCUCUCUGCCAUUCAUCUCAGUGCUUAUUGGUGUUGUAUUCGGCUCGGCGAUCAUUGUCGGCAUCACCAAAACUCGCACGAAACGCAAGAUGGAGGAACAUGGCGAGAUCAUUCCCGAGGAACGCCUCAUUCCCAUGAUCAUCGGAGGCCUGUUGUUGCCAAUUGGACUGUUCUGGUUUGGAUGGACCUCAAAUCCAAACAUUACACCUUGGCCUGAAAUCAUCGCCGCUAUUCCUAUCGGCGCCGGUAUAAUGAUGAUUUUCUUGCAAGGCUUGAAUUACAUCAUCGACGUUUACAAGAUGAAUGCGAACUCCGCCAUCGCUGCGAACACCUUCUUCCGUUCGUGGGUUGGUGCGGCAUUCCCCAUGUUCGCAACCCCCAUGUUUCACAACCUUACAGUACCAUGGGCGAUGAGCUUGUUGGGCUUCUUGUGUGUUGCGCUGGCUCCAGUGCCGGUAUUGUACUACAUCUAUGGUGCGAGGAUUAGGAAGUUGAGCAAGUAUACCCCGGAUUGAAGAGACGAAAAAAGAAUAAGAGUGUAGGAUAGACGUACGUUCAGCGACGAGACAAGAUGGAUCACAGGACAAGAAUAAUGCACAUGCAUGAACGUAAC